AUGGCAACGAGUCCGCACCUUCACCAUCAUCAUGAAAGGGAGGUAACAGCAGCAGAAGUAGCAGCAGCAGCAUCACCAGCACCUCGACCAGAAAACCCUCCCUCUCUCGAUGAACCUCACUCCUCAUCUCUUUCAUCUGCCUCCACCACCACCACCUCUACCGUCACCACCGCCAACCCCAGCCCCAACACCAACAUCAACACCAGCACAACUCCCAAACCACCCCGAAAACGCGCCCACUCCAUCGACACCGAGGAGGCCAACCAGCCGCGGAUCCAAGAUCUCCGGCUCUACACGCCCAGCACGGCGAAGUCGAACACGAGCAGCGUCGGCAGCGAAGCGCCUAGGGAGCUGAUAUGCUUGUGUACGAAGGCGCCCAAGGUGCCUAGGCCGCGUAACGCCUUCAUUCUUUACCGACAGCACUACCAAGGGCAAGUCGCGGCACGUCACCCCGGACUCGCGAACCCGGAGAUAUCGAAGCUCAUCGGCGAGCAGUGGAGGGAGCAGCCCGAGGACAUCAAGAACAACUGGAAGCGGCUCGCGGAGGAGGAGAAGAUCCGCCACCAGCGCCAGUACCCCGACUACAGAUACCAGCCGCGACGCGGAGGCAAGACGGCAAAUAACCGACCGCUCCCCGCGACCGGCGAGGACCCUAGCCACUGCCCGAAGUGCGGUGGCCGCUAUAUAGCCACGCCUAGAACCCCUUCGACGCCUUUCAGCGCCGCGACGCCCGACUUCAUGAGGCCCGGCUCCAGCAGCAUGCCUCCCUAUGUAACGCCGAACCCACGCGUGAUCGAGACGGACCACCUGCGUCGGGGAUCUACUUCGAGCACGAUGUCUCUGGAUGGAAUGGACCGUAGAUACCCACAGUCGCAUCUGCAUCACAUCGACGAGGACUACGCGAUGAUGUCCCCGGGGCCAGGGUCGGCGGAGAUAAAACGACGGCGGUUUAACGGACCUAACAUCUUCGUCCCCGGAUCGCCACCGAUGGGUUACAUGCCGUAUCACCAACACCAACACCAACCGCCGCCUUACUCGGGCCACCCCCACAGCAGCCAUGCUCAUCCGCACAUGCAGCCGCCGCCCCGCCCCUCAAUAUCCUACCAGCACACGCCCACGUCUACUACCCGCUCCAACGCCGCCUUCGACGAGUCCCUUCGGCUACCCCCCUUGCAGACGCAGAUUCCGAGUUCGCCAGCCAUGGGCUCCUCGGAUCCGGGCACGGCGCGGGGGGCACCGCCUAGUGCGCAAACGCCCGCCCACGGCACUACGGGCCUAGGCAUCGUUAACGGCGGCAGCGGGCCCUCGCGACAACAACAACAACAGCAACAACAACCGCCGCAGAUGCCGCCGCGGUGGCCAUUCCUGCUGAAGCUGGAGGUGCUGCGGUCGAUCAGCCCGCCGCUCAAGCCGCCUGGGGCGGGACAACUGGGAUUCGAGACGCGGGGACCGCUGAUUGCGAUCGAGGGCGCGGCGACGUCUGUGCUGAGGGAGGUGGCUUCGGUGGUGGAGAAGGCGCUAUCUGUGUCGGGUGAGUACGCUGUGAAGACGUGGACAGAGGACCAUGCCCAGCAGGCGCAGACGCAGACGAGUGCGGGAGGAGGGGAAACUGGGGUCAGGAAGAGCAGCAGCAAUAGCAAUAACAAUAACAACAAUGACCCCGAAACUCAGCCAGAACAGGUGGAAACUACAACGGCCCCGGCGAAAAGACCGCCAGGGUUGGCGAGCUAUAUCGCGAGGAUGCUGCGCUGGCAUAAGACGUCAGAGGACCUGAUACGGUAUAUCACCCACCACCCACGGCCCAGCACCAGCAGCGGCGAAAGUGCCAAGACCACCACUGCCGGGAGAGAAGAUGCGAAGCCGAAUCCCCCCAAGCAGCUCCUACCGGUGGCGAUCGUAGCCGACGGAUACAGCCUGACGACGUCGGACCGGUACGCGGCGUCGCUGCAGGUGGGGGACGCGUACCGCGCCGACGACCACUGGCAGUGGGUGGCGACGCUGUGGAGGGGCAUCGUGGGCGCGGACCUGACGAUCUAUGUUAAGAGGGUAGGUGAGGCCGAGGUGCAGAGUACCAACUGCGUUGAGUUUGUGGGACCGGGGGUCAUGGUCUUGCGGAUUUUGACGCCGACGGCAGCGGUGGAAGGGGGUAGAGGAGGAGGGACAUGGGGAGUGGAUGAGAGGCUUGAGCGGAGGCUUGGGUUUGAGAUCAUUGAGUGGGUACGUAGUGGGAGUUUCAGGAGUGGGUUUGUGUCGACGACGACGCUGCGGGCGUAG